AUGCCAACAUGGAUAAAAACAAACAAAGAGGAAUACACUAUUGAUGAGCAAUAUGAUGUUGUUGACAUCAACAGUUUUAGUGAAAUGCAAAAACUUGCUUAUGAUAUUGUUAAGUCUCAUUUUGAUGAUACAUCAUCUGAGAAAGAGCCAUUAUGUCUCAUUAUAAAUGGUGUUGCAGGAACUGGUAAAAGUUACCUUAUUAAUGCUAUUAGAAAUCUUUUGCGAAGUAAAUGUGCUGUUUCUGCUACCACAGAUAAAGCAGCUUAUAACAUUAGAGGUGUGACUGAAUUAUCUGUUAAAGUUACCUAUAGGAUCAAGAGGUAAAAAAGACCUAACAGGACAAAGCUUGUGUAGGUUACAAGAGAGUGUUAAUAACAUUGGAUACAUCAUUAUUGAUGAAUACUCCAUGCUUGGCCAAGUUACUUUUGGUUGGAUAGACAAGCGUUGCAAACAAGCAACUGGUUAUAAUGACAAAGUUUUUGGAGGAAAAUCAUUGAUUUUAACUGGUGAUCCAGGUCAAUUGCCACCAGUAGCAGAUAAACCGCUUUACCAUGCUAGACCAUCAAACGCUGUUGGUGAACAAGGUCAUGAAGCAUAUCAUAUGUUUGACAAAGUUGUUAAACUCACUGUAAAUCAACGUGUGCAAGGUAUGACAUCUGAGCAAGUACAGUUCAGAGAUUUGUUAUUACGACUUCGCAAAGGCAACUCAACAGUUGAUGACUAGAAGUUACUUCUGACACGUCAACCAUCGAAUGUCACUAAUUUAUGUGACUUUGAAGAUUCUACUAGAGUUGUUGCUAAAUGCAACCAUGAGCAGCUAACAAAACUUGAGCAUCCAGUUGCUCAUAUUAAUGCUCGCCAUUCAUCAGCAUUGACAAAAAAGAUAUCCUCAGAUGAUAUGUCUGGGUUGGAAACUGUUGGGUUUCUAGCAAAAGGUGCUAGGGUCAUGUUAACCAUGAAUUUGUGGUCAAGUGUUGGUCUCUGCAAUGGUACUACUGGGAAAGUUGUUGAUAUUAUCUAUCAGAACAACCAUCAACCACCUGACUUACUAUUGCG